GUUGUCAAAUAUAUAAAAGCAGCAUAUUUACUUUCAACAAAGAGUAUCUUCAGUUCUUUUACCAAAAAAGUGUCUCAGUUGGGUGUCGAUCUAAUAUUUUUUCAAAUACAUUUGCUAAAUUUUGUUGCAUAUUGACUAGAGAAUGUCGAACGCACAGUAUAGUAUCCAAAGUACGGCUGGGGCCAUUCCAGUUCGUAAUGAAAAAGGUGAGGUGUCCAUGCAAAAAGUAAAAGUCCAGCGAUAUAUAUCAGGUAAACGACCUGAAUACGCCCGAUACAAUUCGUCCGAUGAAGAGAGUGAAGUCGAAGAUUUCAUCGAUCGAAGGGCACAAAGAAAUUUUGCAAACCGUGGCGACGAGAAUUUUGAUCAAUCACGUAAACGUGACACUGAAACAUCUAAAAAUGAUGAUUCGUAUCGCAGUGACGAUGGAGCCGACGAUCCACGGUUGAGACGAUUAGCACGACGUGGUGGAUCUGAUUCAGAUCGAGAUAGUAAUGACGAAGAUGAUCUAGAUCGAGAACGUCGUAUGCGUCGUAUCAGAGAGCGUCGCAUCCAAGAGCCAGAAGUGAUUCAAGAAGAUGACGAGAUACAAAGCGAUGCUGACGUUGCAUCCGAUAAUGAUGAUCGAACACAGUACACCGUGGAAAUUGAACGAAAGCGUCGAAUUGAAUUGGAUGAUAGUGGAUCAGAUUUGGAAUUGAGUGACACAGAAAUUGAGAAACGACGACAACGGCUCAAAAAUAAAAUGUUACAACAAAGAAAAGACGAAGAGGUACUGGCAAAAGAGGAAGAAAAACAAUCGGAAUCAUCCGAAUCGGAGAGUUCAUCAUACGAAGAAGAAUCAGAAAGUGAAGAAGAGAAUGAACCGCGACUGAAACCAUUGUUUGUUAGUAAAAAAGAUCGGGCCACCAUUGCUGAAAAAGAGAAGGAAGCCCAGCGACAAAAACAAUUGGAAUACGAAGAAAAGCGCUUGGCCAAAGAACGACGGCGACAAACAUUACGGAUGGUCGAAGACAGCGUGAAGAAGGAUAUUGAUAAGGCCAAGCCGGAUACAAAUGAGGCGAGCAUCGAUGAUGUGUGCACAGAUGAUGAAAAUGAUGAAGUUGAAUAUGAAGCAUGGAAACUUCGUGAACUGAAGCGAAUCAAACGUGAUCGCGAAGAGAAAGAACAAUUGGAGAAAGAGAAAACCGAAAUCGAUCGUAUUCGAAAUCUCACCGAAGAGGAACGACGACAAGAGGCUCGUGUCAAUCCACGUGAAGUCACCAACAGAGCAGAAAAAGGCAAAUACAAGUUCUUACAGAAAUACUAUCAUCGUGGUGCAUUCUUCUUGGACAAAGAUGACGAAGUAUUCAAAAGAGAUUUUGCCCAGGCCACAUUGGAGGAUCAUUUCGAUAAAACGAUUUUACCAAAGGUGAUGCAAGUGAAAAACUUUGGACGAUGUGGACGCACAAAGUAUACGCAUUUGGUUGAUCAAGAUACAACCGAUUUUAAUUCAGCAUGGUACAGCGAAACAGCCAACAACUCGAAAUUCCACAACGAAAGAGCCGGUGGCAUGAAACAAACAUUCGAAAAACCAUCUGCAUCAAAACGCAAGAAUAUUUAAACAGGAGAACUUGAAUUGUUUUAUUUCACCAAAAUUCAACAAUAAUAAAGUGUCGAUUUAAAAAAAUAUAUAAUUCGAAAUAAAUGCUUAAUUUCCGUUUUUAAGUAAAUGAAUGAUUUUAAGUAGUUAAAUAAAUUCCCUAGAAGGCACAGCGCGAA